CAUCACGCCCUUCGACAACGGAUUCCGUAAUGAGCGUCCCAAGGUGUCGCCUGCGUCUGCGGCUGGAGGAGGGGGAGCGGGGUAUAAUGGCUCGCCGUUUGCGGCGAAGAGGAAGGUUGGGACGACGUAUGGGAAGACAUCGGUGAAGAAGAAGUUGCCGAUGUACGAGGACGAUAUAUUCAAGCCUACGAGUCCUCCGCAGACGCCAAACCCUGGGUUUGCGAAGCAAGAAAAGAAGACGUUUCAUGGCUUGAAUGUAAACUCCUCGCGGAAGAAGACUGCGGUGAUUCCGGCGACGGUGGAGAAGAGCGUUUUGAUGGAUAAGGAGACGAACAUCCCAUCUUCUUCACCGGUUCAAUCGAGUCCCACUGUUCCGAAAGGCAGUCUACUGGAUGUCAUGGCCUCCGAGCCAGCAUCCAAAUUCGACCCUUCAGCUUGGAAGGCCCCGACGCCUGUCAAGGUUACGCAUAUCUCCACACCCAAGCCCGUGACCGCAUUGGUCGGGUCAAUCAGCCCCGUCAGUUCGCCACCUCUGGAGAGCGCCCAGCCGGUGACCUUCAGGCUGACGAGUACUGCUCCAAAGAAACCACAGGCCGUGGGCAUGUUUCGCAUCACCUCCGACCGUGGUCGCGCAAAGAGGAAACGCCAGAACGAUGAUGCGGAGUGGGGUCCACGCAGUCGAAGAGGCACACCCAUGCAGAGACGCUCGUCUCGUGAUAGUGAUGAGUUGAGUAUUCGGUCAUAUUCGAGUCGUGGGAGGCAGAACGAGGCAGGUGUCGGGUUGAUGAAUCUCGGAAACACCUGCUAUCUAAACUCGGCGUUACAUGCGAUGAGGGUACUUCCCGAAUUUACGGAAGCUGCACAGGCGCUCCUUUUGCCGUUGAGUCAUGAUGACGAGGCAAAGGAGAAGGUGAUCAAGGGCCUUGGGGGAUAUUCUUACUAUGCUAUUGCAGAGGCUGCGGUCAAGGUGAUGGAUGAGAUCAACACCGCUGAGCAUAAGCUAUUGGAGGGUAGCCCGUCCGUCAAGGUACUUGGUGAACGCAAUGUUCAGGAUGGCGUCGUCGAACCCGAUGAGCUUGUCAAGAAGAUCAGGGCAUGCGAUAAUCCAUUCAAUAGCUACAGCCAGCAGGACAGUCAUCAGGUGAUCAUUUACUUGAUCGACUUGUUUGACAAGGUGCAGAAGUCAUUGCAUCCUCCACCAGUCGAUUCUGAGGGAAGGCUACCAAGCCCGCCUCCAUCAUCGCCGUUGGGCAAAUUUGAUUCGCCCAUCAUCAUGCCGAAGGAUCUCUUGGCACACACUACGGUGUUCCAGAUCGAGUGUCGGGAAUGCCAUACUAUCAACUCACGUGAAGUGGAAGCUGUUGAUCAAGUUGCGUAUCUCUUUGGAAACGAGACGAUCGAAACUGCACUGGCACGCGAAGAGGGUAAAGUGGAGCUAAUGGAAGGCGACAAUGCCUACCAUUGUGAUAAAUGCAACAAGAAGACAAGCGCGAGGCGUACGCAGGGCAUGCAAGAUCCGCCGAGGAUUCUGGCGGUGACGGUGACUAGGUUGCCUGUUGAAAUGCAGCCUGAAGAUACAAAGGCUCGUAAGCAGGCGGAUACGGAUGGGAUUGUUGAGAUGCGUCUGGCUGGGCGGAAAUGGAGUCUAUGCUCGGCAAUAUUGAGAAUCGGCGGGACCGAGGGCUGGAUGAGAGAUUUCGGGCAUUAUACAGCUGUGGCUAGAAGCAAAGAGUCGAGGCAGUGGCGACUGUACGAUGACUCGAAGGUGUCGCCAAUCAGUGAGGACGACCUCUACCAAGAGAUGGGCUGGUUGCGCCCGUCCAGUGGGUACGGUGAGAACAGAAGGUCAAACGGGUCGUCGGCAUAUGUUAUGUUUUAUGAGCAGGUCACCGGCGAGUGA